AAUACAGCUUCCUUGUGUUCAACACUUCCUGCUUUGAUACAGAUGAGCGUACCCGUUAUACUUUUACCUUAAUAUAUGAAUGUGGACUCUCAGCGGAGUGUAGUAAUAUGAAUACUGUACUGUCGAGGGCGAAUUCCCUCUUUGCCUUUUCCCUAAGCGUAAUGGCUGCGCUCACGUUCGGCUGUUUCGUCACAACUGCGUUUAAAGACCGUAGCGUGCCAGUGGACAUCCAUGUAUCCCGAGUUAUGCUUAAAAGUGUGGACGACUUUACAGGGCCGAGAGAGAGGAGUGACCUAGGCUUCAUCACGUUUGAUCUCUCAGCUGAUCUGAGGCCCAUAUUCGACUGGAACGUGAAGCAACUCUUCCUGUAUCUGUCUGCAGAGUAUGCCACCAGGACCAAUGCUCUGAACCAGGUGGUUCUGUGGGAUAAGAUCGUCCUAAGAGGAGAGAGCACCAAGCUCAACCUCAGAGAAACCAAGUCUAAAUACUUCUUCUUUGACGACGGAAACGGCCUCAGAGCCAAUAAGAACAUCACCCUGACCCUGUCAUGGAACGUUGUCCCCAACGCUGGGAUGCUGCCCCUUGUGGAGGGAUCAGGACACAUCUCUCUGCCCUUCCCUGACACAUACGAGACCACCAAGAGCUACUAACAACACCUACCUGCCCUCUGACUGCCCCCACCUACGUCCUACCUUUGCCUCCAUCUGCCCACUACCUACCCCUCCCCAUACCUGCCUGACCUCCCAACCCUUGCCUACCACCCUAUUGCCCUCUACAAGUCUCCUCCAUGUCCUCCAACCACCAUCCUACCUGUAUCGAUCCUCAUAACUUUGUCUGUAAAUGUUGUUAACUCUUCCGGUAUGAUUUGUAAUAAAACACAGGUUUGGGAC